CGCAGCCGCCCGGCCCGCCUUCCCCGAGAGCGCGGCGGCGGUGGGCGCAGCCGGGCCGGCGGGGUCCUCCGGCGAGGCUGUCGGGGGCGGCGCGGCCGGGCAGGGAGGCCGCUUCGUGGCGAGAGACGGUCGGGAACCCGGCAGCCGCCCGCCCGUCGGCGAUGCCGCUGCUGGCGCUGCUGGCGCUGCUGGCCGGCGCGCCCUGGGCAGAUAUUUGUGAAGCUCUGAAUGUGACCGUCUCCCCGGGGCCCAGGACCCAGCAUCUCAUUGGAGAUAAUGUCACUUUAUUCUGCCACGUUUCUCAGAAAAGGCGAAGGGAAAACCUUUUGGCUGUCCGGUGGGUUUUUGCUCUCCCCUCUGCCCAGGAAUACCUGAUGAUCAAAAUGACCAAAUUUGGGGUCAUCCAGUACUAUGGAAACUACACAAGCCGCUUCUACAAGCGAAGGCUUCGGCUCCUUGAGGAGAAACACAGGGCGAUGUACGCAUUUUUGAUCCUGAACAUCCAACAAGCCGAACAAGGACACUAUAUUUGCAAAGUGCAGGAGAUCGGCAGGCAAAGGAACAGGUGGACUUCCUGGUCCAACGGAAGCGCCUCGACCGAAGUCCAAGUGUUUCCAUCCCGUUUUUUGGAUGAGGAAAAACACAAUGCUUGGGCAUUUUUUAAAGACCCCUCUGCCUAUGCGGUCCUGAUGUGCUCGGCAGGGAUCCUGAGUAUCCUCCUUUUCACUCUGGUCAUCCUCUGCCAGAUCUUGAGCAACAAGAAACGAGCCAGCGGGAAACGUAGCUUGGUGAAAUCUCCUCAGAAGAGCUUGCAGGAGGCAGGAAGUCCCAGCAAGGCAGCCGGGUCUCCAGGGCCCCCCCCCACCCGGAGGAAAGGGGUGAAGGCGGCCGAGGCACCCCCAGCAGUUCCUGCCAAAGCACCAACAUCCCAGGCCUUCUCAAAGCCUAAACUCCUGAAACCACAAAGGAAGGUCACCUUGCUGAAGGGCCGAGAGGAGAACCUGACCUACGCUGAGCUGGAGCUGCUGAAGCCUCACCAGGAGGCCAAAGGCGCUGCGCCCACCACCACCGUCUACGCCCAGAUCCUCUUCCAGGAUAACGACCACCACGACGUGUAAAUGAUGCAGCCGGGACGGGGCCUGCGGGGAUGGCGGGUGGGAAUGGGACUCCGAAGGCUGCGGAAACGGCUUGUUUUGAAAGAUUUCAGGGGACUCUUUUUAGGUGAAUAAAAACAUUCUCAGGAACCAACAGGAAAAAACAUCACAUCUUUCCUUUGGAUGAUUGGCAUAAUAGCAGUAGACUUAGCAGUUAGACUUAUAUACCGCUUCAUAGGGCUUUCAGCCCUCUCU